UUACUCGUUGAGACUCUUGGUUACCGGGUCUUUGUAUUAGUCAGUCACCCCCCCACCCGUUGACUUAGAGUUUUUUUUUACCAUUAUCGUCUCCUUGCAAAGUCCGCCGUCUGACAGAGUGAGUGCAGGGACAGAGAAAGCGCGGGGCACCCUCGUAAGCCAUGAAGUUGCAGGCGGUGAUGGAAAACCUGCAGAGGCAGCAGCGUGCGCGGCUUGAGCUCGAGGCCCGGCAGCAUCCCCAGGAGCAGCAGCAGCCGCCGCCGCGCGCACGGGUCCAGCUCCAGGCCGGUCAGCAGCAGCAGCAGGUUCAAAUGGAGCAGCGCGAGCCCCGAGGAUCAACCGCUGAGGGUUCCAGCGAGAAGUACCUGGCGAGUGCGCAGCAGCAGAUCGCCACUCAGCAAGCCGCGGCUUUGGCCGCCAUGAGAGCAGCAGCGGCAGCGGCAGCCGCGGGGGCUGACGAUUCGGCCCAGCGCGGCGCUCAAGGGGAACUGGAUAUGGAACGAGGCGACAGUCCGAGGCUUUCUGAGAGCAGCGAGGCCUUAUCUGGUGGAGAAGAGAUGGAAGGGGGAGAGGAAGAGGCAACGGAGCAGCGUUAUCCCGAUCCUGAAGAAGAAAUGGCUGCCGAGGAGGAGGAUGACGACGAGGGAGAAGAGGAGGAAUUCGAGGACGAUAUGGCCGAGGAAGGGAGCAGCGGAGUAAAGGAAGAGCCGGGAAUGCACCACUGUAGUGAGGAUCAUCGUCAGCCGGGGCAGCGGCGCCCACUAACCGGGCUACCUUACCACUCACACCCGCCGAUGCAGCAAGUCCAGGAUCAGGCCGACUGGACGUACGAGGAGCAAUUUAAACAGCUUUAUGAACUGGACAGUGACCCAAGAAGGAAAGAAUUUUUGGAUGACCUUUUCAGUUUCAUGCAGAAGAGAGGAACUCCAGUCAAUCGGAUUCCCAUUAUGGCUAAGCAGGUUCUGGAUCUCUAUAUGCUCUAUGUAUUGGUCACUGAGAAAGGGGGCCUAGUGGAAGUCAUUAAUAAGAAGCUUUGGAGGGAAAUUACCAAAGGCUUGAACUUGCCCACUUCUAUCACAAGUGCUGCCUUUACACUCAGAACUCAAUAUAUGAAAUACCUCUAUCCAUAUGAAUGUGAGAAGAGAGGUCUGAGCUCUCCUAAUGAAUUGCAGGUUGCUAUUGAUAGUAAUCGGCGGGAAGGUCGAAGACACAGCUUUGGAUCAAGUCUUUAUAGCUACUCUCCAAGUGGAACAUCUUCAGCAUUAUCGUCUCCCAAAAUACAAGUGCCUACAACAGGUCCAGCAGCGACUAAUGGCAGCCCCAUAAGCCAGCUGGUUAAAAUAAAGAAAGAGGAAGAUUCAGUUAUUCCACUAACAAUGGGGGGUAGACUUCCUCUUUCACUCACUGGUCACCAGGUAGCUGCAGCUCAAGCUGCAGUUGCUGCACAAGCUGUGGCAUUAGACCAGCUGAGAGAAAAGCUAGAAUCUGGAGAACCUCCUGAGAAGAAGUUGGUAGUUGGGAUGGAAGAACAACAACGGCUAAUGCAACGUGCUAUUCAACAGAAUCUACUUGCUAUGACAGCCCAAAUACCAAUGAACAUCAGAAUUAACAGCCAAGCAGACCGCCAGGAGUCAGCAUUGAACCUCGCCACAAGUGGCAUGAAUAGUAUCAGUAUGUCAGUGGAGAUCAAUGGAGUUGUUUAUACAGGUGUCCUGUUUGGUCAAGGACCUGGAGUAUCUGGUGCAUCCAGCACUAAAGGAAGUAACACCAAAAACAGCAAUUCCCAAAGCAUACCUGGUUUCCCUGUAACUCGUACAUCUACAUCCUCGUCUUCACAUACUUCAAAAAACUCUUCACCAUGAAGCUGCAUUUCUAACAAUGCCAACAUGAGCACAGUGCAUCACCGCCAAACACUUUAAAAAUUUCUCAGGCUUUUACCUCUCAAGGAAAAUGAACUGUUAUUCAUCAGAGGCUUCAUUAGAGUGGCUAAAACUAAGGGCCCACUGUUGACUAUGUUCAGCUCUGCGUAAAACCUUUCCUGGGUUACCUCAUGAAUCCCGGGCAGCUAUGUACUUCUAAUACCUCAAGCAUCUACUUAAUCAAGAAGGCUGAUUAUCAUUGGUUACAUUUUUUUCCCUUUCAGCCAUGCUCAGCUUUUAAAGAAAAUAUAUGGAUUUCCAUGAUGUGGUAUUUUAAUUGAGAAUUAUAAGUGAAUAUUAAUAUUUUUGAAGGAAAAUCAUAUUUCAGCUACAUUUAUGAUAUUGCUUAGUACUUCAGUAUAUUCAUUUACUGCUGAACAGAAAAAGGAUAAGCUAUUUCAAUGUUUAUCCACUUGUGUAAAUCAUUCUUGUACGUGUAGCAAUAUACAGACUUUUACAAUGGUUCUGCAUAUUUAUUAUAUACAUUAAUAUAUGUUUGAGUUUCACAACACAGGACCUUGUGGAGUUAUCUUUAGAUCAUAAAGCAGCAUUCCAUGCUGUUCAAAGUCUAGUGCAUUUGGGGUUAGGGGGGUGGAAACUGACAAAUGUUAGCAGUAGUAUUCAUUAAGGUCCCUUUAAUUCUGCCGGUAAUAUUUGCAUAGGUCUCCAAGUGCUUACACUUCUCAUUUCAAUACUUCAUUUUGAGUAAUAGUCCAGCAAUGCAGGGACUGCAGUCUGUUCAGUUACUUAUUAAGUGCUGAUGUGCUACUCAUUAAAUUUCCUUGAAAUGACAACUACAUUCCCAUUUUGACAUCAUAGCUGGCUUACCAAUAAUUCUGGAAGUUUUUUUAAAAUUCCAUUUUUAUGCAGUUAACCCAAAUUUCUGUGAGGUCUUGUUUCAAUCAAGAGAAAAGCUUUAUUUAACCCACUAAAUUAAAUGGCUUUAUUUUAUAAAUGCAAUAUCAUAAUCUAUUUUUACACUGCUAAGAACAUUACCUACAAGAGCUAACUUAUGGCAUUGAUUUUAACAUCCUCUUCUGAUAGACCUCAGUGAAAAUAUCAAUUGAGAUAAACAUGUACAAAGACUUAACAGUCAUAAAAUAUUUGUUUCUCUUGAAUGAGAUUGGAUUUGCUUGGCAUUGAUCUUAAGAGAACUCCACUGCAUUUACUGUAAUAUUUAAUGUGGCAUUUGAAGUCAAAUAUUUAUACAGAAUCAGCUUUGUUGUGUUUAUCUUGUGGAAAGUUUACUAUUUUGGAAUGUACAUCACUUUUAAGGCAGAUGUUAGAAAACUCUUCUGCUUGGUAGAUAAUCACAAUUCAAGGAUAGGUAUUUUUGCAGUGAUUGUGAAGGCCAAACUUAAGUGUUAUAUAUUCCAUAAGAAGAUACAAUUAGUCAGUUUAGUUUUGUAUUUAUAGGUUUUCGAUCAAAUACUUUCAAAGCUAUUGUUUGCUACAUAGCUAGAUUUUCAUGUUCUAACUGUAUACAUUUACACUACCAUUUAUUCACAUCAUUUGUUAAACAUGUUGCACUGACUGCAUCAUGUCUUGUUGACUUAGCAGCAUGCUGAAAUUAAUCUAUAUCGCACUGAUGAUUGAAAAGCAAGGGUUGUUAAAGGCUAAAUAUUUCUGUUACAGUUUUACUGGAUUUAAGUGAUUGGAAUUGAUGGUGGGAUGGUCAUGAUCUGGAACUAUUAGAAGCCAAUAUCAGUUACUUAAAUGGAUAAGCAAGUGAAUAGAUGUGACACAUUAUAAAGCUGUUAAUAGCAUUGUCUAUGGCUUGUCCUACAAAAAUGCGCUUUAUACUCAUGAUUUUUUUGUUUUUUUUACAGUUUACAGAACAAUUUUCUAUCGUUCUGUUCUACCUCUGAUUAAUAGGUUGGAUAUAAUUUACUUCGAAAAUGAAAUACAGAUAGGGUUUUUAUUGUCAUUGGUAAAGGUUGCAUGGCUUUCGAGUACAACAUUUAAAUGCAAUGGUACAGUACCUCACUUAGCCUUCAGGAUCCAAACUAGGAAUAAAAGUACUGAUUGAAUCACUUUGAAAAGAGGGUCAUUAUAUGUUGCACUGUCAUUAGCCAAGCACCAUUGGCAGGAUGUGAUCUUGUUAACUGACAUGAGUGAUGUGGCCGUGUUCAUCAAGUAUCAGGACGCUUUUAGUGAGAUUUUAAGUUUUGACUGCGUUUUGGUUUUUAGUACUUGUUGGUAAGUUCCUCCCUGAGCUAUGAGCUUUCUGGUGGAUCCACGUUCUGUAGAUGGUGCUAAGUACUGUACCAACAUAUUGUAUUUCACUUUGUUUCCAGUUGAUUGACGACAAGGUUUUUUUAUAUGUUCCUCGGUAAUAUAAAAAUGCUUAAACAAAUUGCAACCAAGUAUAACUAAAAGCAGAGUAAUUUUGUUUUUCCCCCUAUCUCUGUCAUUCAUUUUCCCUUUUUAAGAAGCCAUGUAUCCUUGCUAAUUUGUGAUUAGUAAUCAUCAUCAUGAGCUAUUGUGUAUGCCGCCAGUACUGGGUAUUUACUGGAAUGUGGAUGGUAUUAUUAUUAAACCCAAAUAAUUUAGUCAGGGCAAUGCAAACUAGUAAUAUACAUGCUAAUCAAUCCUAAUCUGGCGUACUAAACCCAGCUGUGGGACCCCUUUUAUUUCUGCUCUAAUUGGUCAGGUUGUGAUAGUAUUUCAUAGUCUCUUUUUUCAAAGUUGUAAGCUUAAAUGCUUCACAAGGCAGAGGUAUUUCAGUUUGAACAAAAACCUACAUUUACAUAGGUUUUCAUGUUUUGACACAAAGCACUUCAUAAUCUGUAAUUUAUUUUUGAAAAUUGUUCACUUACCUGCAAUCAAAUAUAACCGGUAAUGUAUGAAUAUUAAAAUCCCUCAAAUGAUAAAUGAGAUAAAUAAUCUGCUGACCUCUUUGAUAGUAAUGAAGUAACGAUUUCUGCGGCCCAAGGAGAACAGCUUGCUGUUGAAGUAGUGUUAUGGGAAGUUUUCAUUUCACAGCUGAACAUGGUCGCAAUUUAAUGUUUCACUGGAAGGUGGUAUAUCUAACAAGGCAGCACUCUCACAUUUGUACUGAAAUGGCAGUUAAUUUGCAAGUUCAAGUACCAAAAUGUUGAAUCCACUGUCGAAGCAUCUCUUUCCAAGUAUCAUAGUUUUAGCUAGAGAAAUGCCAAAUGUUUAUGAAUCAAGAACUAAAUAUUGAUCAAAAUAAUGAUGGUUCAGAUUAAUAUUCUUGAGGCAGUAAUCCAACCUUUUUUUGGCAUAAAUUUCCAACAUUCAGUGUGAAUUCAUUCAAAGCUGAUUGUAGUGCUUAACACUGUUGGAUGGAAUUCCUUCCUGUAACAUUUUCUCCAGUUAAUGCAAUCAAAUAAUGUAGCUGAAUUUAUUGAUAAUACUGUUGAUUGAGAUAUAUAUAUAGAGAGAGAUAUAGCUUACUAAAUUAUCUUUUAUACUCUGGCACUAAAAUUAGAUGCAGAUAACUACCUCAUCAUCUUUCCAAUAAUUUAAAGUACAAACGUACAAUAAAUUCAUUGAAUGCAUUACCAGUUUGCUGAGAAGAAAGAGCCUGAGGGCAGUUGUUUUGUCACAGUGAAGCUGCUUUUAGAUUUUUCGAGGUAUGAGAAAAUAAGUGACUGGAAGGAGUAAAGGGCUGCAGUGAUGGGGCUUUUUCUGUCCUUGGAAUCUUGACCUUUUAUAUUGUAACAUGAUAACAGUAGGAAAUAGUCUAUUAAAGUUGCAAUUUCCUGUCCCUCUAUAAUAACACUUUGCUACUCUAAUUGCUGUGAUAAAAUGAUAAUUUAUGUUCCAAGAUAAUGGCACAGGGAAGUUAAAUUGGCAUUUUAAAAAAAGUCAAUACAUUGUCGUAGUUGACCCAGUGACCUCAUCCUUUUGGGAGAUGAGAUGUAUCCUCAGUUGUUGCUAGCAAAUGUGAUAGAUAGUUCAUUUUUUUGUGUGGUGUCAAGUUGUGCCAGGUUGAUUUGAUUUUAGUGUGAUUUAGUGCAUGUACAGCACAUCAGAAAUAAUAAAUUAUUUAUCUGAAUUGUAUUUUGGCUUUUGUUUAGUUGAGAUAUAUAUUGUGAGAUAGUGACAUUUUAGACAUGGUUCUGCUAUGGGGUUUGAUAGGUUUAUAUUGUUUUACCAUUCUAUGGAAUGGAACUUAGCUCUAUGCAUAAUCUACUUCCUAGUUGCCAUUUUCAAAUAUUUGCCCCAACAUUUCUGAUAAUUGAAUAACUUUUUCUGAAGGUGUAUGGUUCUUUCAUAUUUUCAAUAAAAUAAAUCUGCAUUCACCUACAUAUCUGAGGAAGGAUUUGGUUCUGCUGCAAGAUAAUAGAUUUGACAUUGUUAUAGCUAGUAAAGUAGCUCAGAUUUCAUUAUGCAAAAAUUACUAGUGAAAAAUGUAAACUUGUUUAAAGCUUAAGAGUUUUACCCCCUUGAUAUCAUAAUCUUCCUGCUCUAUAACCAAUAUAGACUAUAUAACCAGAGUGCAAGAGACAAAGGGACUCAGUGCCUUACACGAAGUAUACCUCCAUUCGUUCUAUAGGAACAUCACCAUUAAGAUACCAAGUUGCUGAAAACAUGACUUUAGAUUUUAGAAUUGAUGCUGAUGAGAUUUGAAGAUUCAAUUAUCCUGAAAAGCAUUGUUGUGGCUAAUAGUUGUCAGUCUUAAUGAGGGCAAAACCAAUAUUUGCUAUCACGACAUAAGCUUUAAACCUCAAUAUAGGUUAAAUAGUGAACUGUAUUGAGUUGCAAAAUCUUUUUUUCUGAUGAUGCAAUAAAAAACUGUCACAGAUAUACAAUUUGGAUAAAAUAAUCUUGUUGAUAAAAUGGAAAAGCUUAGGAACCAAAGGGUCAGUGUGAGGAUUUGCUUCUAAAAAUCCAUAUUGCUAGAGAAAUAGAUUUCAAGUAGGUGAAUGAAAUAACCUUAUGGUUGCUAAUAAAAGGUUUUAACCAUAUUAAUAAUGUUUCAACAUCAACAAUUUGACUAAAUGUCCAUAAACCCUUUACGCCUUUAUCAUAUCCCUUUGUUCCAACUUGCUCUGUAUUAUGCAAUCACAACACGGUUUUUAUAAUCUGUUCAUGCACUCAAAGGUGUAAUAUGGUGUUAUAACUAUAUUUCUGAAACUUUUGGGGACUUUUUAUUAAGACAUAUAAACAUUAAUCAGUAUUAAUGUUGUGACUUCAGAAAUUGAAGAAUUGUUCACAUGUAAACUCCUAGCUGUUUUAAUCACUAAAGUCAUUUGGAUCAAUGAAAAUGACAAAAAUUCAACUUUCAAGGAUCUCUGUGUUUGGAUGCAUAACAUAAAUAAUUCACACCAGAAAACUAUCAGUACUAAUACUUAAGAAUUUUAGAAAAGUCUUUAUUGCCCACCAGAUGUUGCCUGACUUGCUGAGUUCCUCCAGCAUUUUGUGUGUAUAUUGCUUAGAAAAAGCUUAGAUUUGUUCCUUUGAGGAACUAAUUGAGUAAUUAAAGAGCAGUAUCUAGCUAUUGCUACCCAUAAAGAUCUGAAUGUCCAUGCUGUGUGCUUAGUUGAUAGAUCUCAGUUGGCAAAGUUGGGAUGUGUUAUUUCACGUGAGCAUCUUGAACAUCAAGUUUCUGCUUCUAGAUAUGGUCUUUGUACUACUAUUCACAUAUUCUUGCUUUCAGGAUAGGGGUGCUAUCCUGAAGAGGAUUUGGGAUAAAAGUAAUGAGAGAAUAAGAAAAUCAUAUUGCUAACAACUGCAGUUUUUCUCAUUGAAUUGCAUUCUUGUAGGUGGUUUCUUCCUUUAUUAUUUAAAAACAAUUUCCCAGUUGAUGUAACAAUGUGACUUAUGGGAGCUCUUUGCUGCUUAUAGAACUAUACCCAAAUAUAUUACUAAUCUAUGAAUUAAAUUUGUUUUGAAAAUGAUAAACUUGAAAAAGCCAACAGUAAGUUUUCAAAGCCGGAGUACAGUACAAGUAAAUUAGAUUUUUUGAUAAAUAUGUUCGGGGUUGGGUGUUUAUUUAGCUCGGACAAUGGCUUACAGACCUGGGGAUCCCUGUCUCUAAGCAUUGCUGAUAGGAAUGGCUGAUUAAUUUGUGGUUGUAUUUUAAGUGACCUUAAAGAUCUAGUGCAUUUGGGAUUCUGAGUUUUAAAUAUUAUUGGUUACAAUGGCAGUAGAAAAUGAAUUGAGUGACAGCAGGAGCGAUUAAUGUGUCAGAGUUUCUUUUACUAUUAGCACAACAUAUCCUAUGGAUGUCUAUUAUUUUUUAAUGACACAAUUUGAAAACAAUAUCGACAUGGCUGUUUUGGAAUCCACAGCUAUAAACAUUAUUAGCUUUUGAAGGUUGAAAUUCCUUAUCGACUUUUCUUUCAUUUAGCCUUUGCACUGUAAUGGUUGAAUUAAGAGUCUUCUGAAUGCAGAAGAAAAGCCUUCUGCAUUCUAAACCUGAAUGGUGAUGGUGGUCUGGAUGAAUAUUUUGGCUUUUAAAGUAUACUUGUUUGGAAAACUUUUCCAUAGGUUUGCACUGGUCUUUUGUUGGUAUUUAGUAGAAUUAUGCUCUGGCAGUAACAUUUAUGUACUUCUAAUUGGUAAUUUAGUCAGGUGUUCCAUUAUGAGACAAGAGAUUCAGAUUGGAAUUCAGCUACUUUAAUUUGCCUCGAUUAGUAAAUUUGAUAUCUGCAAAUAGCUGUUGGCAGAAUAAUUUAUAAUCUGUAUGGCAUAAUUAUGCAAAAAACUGAACUAGCAUCAGUAAAAUGAAAUGUUCACUUUUGGGCUGAUUGCAACCUGAAUCUCACAUUAAGAAUAUAGAUAGAAAAUUAAGUUGCAAAGGGAGCAAAGUUCAAAUCUCUUGGCCAGACAACCUUUAAUUUGCUUCUGAUGUUUUAUAAAAUGUUGCAAUCCUCAGAAAAUAUAUGAAUCCUAAAUUUUAUUAUGAAAUGUUUAGAGUCACAGAACUCUUUAGCAUAACAUCAUCAGUAUGUUGAAUGUUUUUUUCAAAUAAUAAUAGUUUGUUUUUAUUUGUCCAUUAUUUAAGUGGUUUCACCUUUUUCAGUAAUCCUUCACAUUUGCGUAUGCUGAUUUAUAUACAUCCAAAUGAUUUGCAACACUGGCAAAGAAUUGUUAAAAUUAUCUCUGCAUACUAUUGGAGGCAGUAAAUGGACAGAAAUGGAAGCAUCAGUUCACUUUAAUUUACAUUACAAAUUGGUUGGAGAGGGUGUAAUUACAAAUCCAGAAUUUAUUUUAGAAAUGUUUUUUGAUUUUAACUCGAAUAGUUUCUACGCAAAAGAGCCAAAAAUUAUAAAAAAGUAAAAGCUUGCAGACAUUGAAAUUAAGCCUAAAAUACUACAAAUAAAAUGUUGAUCAAAGAUAUGUUCAGUGUAGUCCUAUAUCAAAACAAAGUCUGAUAAAGGCUGUUCUUUAUUGCCAGCAUUUUCUGAAAUGUAAAUUACCUCCUUUUCUAUCUAUUUGCAUAAGAUGUUCAGUAAGGGCAGUGCGUAAUGAGUUGGCAAGUCGACCUUAAACAACUAGGUUAAAGCUCACCUGUCCAUGAAGGUUACUUCAGGCAUAUAUCUCUAGCAAGUCUUUGUAGAUUUACUUAAUGUAUCUUAACAGAUUUUGGCAGGUAUGCCUCACACAACACUUGAAAUGUUUACCUGUACUGUAUUAAGCUGUUUUCCAUCUUGAAACUGUAUGUAAGAGAGUUAUGCAGAUUAUUUUGAUUAUUGUCUAAAUAUAAACCCAUUUGCUUGAAUAUUUUUUCCAGUAUGUGAUGCAAUGCCAUUACUACAAGUUGAAGGUUUUUAGAUAUUAUUAUUUUAAUCAUUGAAUUUAAAUAUUCAAAAACUAGUUUUGCUUUUCAUGUUUGGUUCAUAAUCUAUUAAUUUUAUUAAGGAUGAUAAUUGCUGUAUACCAAAGACACAAACACACACUUUAAAGAAAGCAAAAGCACUAUAGAACAUACAGCUUUGAUAUUGUCCAAUUGUCCUUGCUGUGUACAUGCUAAUGAUUAAUGCUAUAUUGAUAGAAAAUUGAUAGAAUUAGAAUUAAUAAUGACUAUUAAAUAUAUACUUUUGUGUCAAUGUGCUGUUUACAAUCUAGUGCUGAAUAUUAGAAACUGGAUUGUGAUUCUCAGGGGUUUUUGAAAACAUUAACUGCUGUAUAUCUUUCAGUGAUUGUAGAAAUCAAGUAUUGUGCAAGCUUAUCUUACCUCAUGUUCUUUUUCCCCUCAAUUUUGAAUCAUACUUUGACCUAUUUGUGGGAGCCUAUUUUAAUUUGUGACUAGGCAAAUGAGAAAUUUCUGCCAAAUGAUGUGGAAAAUGUGAGCUAAACAAACCACCAGCCUCUAAUCUAGUAUUAAAUGACAAGUAGACAUUUCCAAUUGAUGACCUAUUGUCACACGUGUACAGUUGAAUAGUUUAUUUCUAUUUUUAAAUGAAAAUGUAAUACCACUACAUAAACAAAAGAAAGGUGCUCCUUAUUGUAAGUGUUUUACUCCACUUAAAUAUAUAAAUGAAUAUAAUUGGGUUAUUGAAAAACAUAUUAGUAAAUAGUCUGAAUGAAAUAUUUCAAAAUGGAAAUAGAUUUUGAACAUGUAUUACUGUAAUGCAAAAAGGUGUGUCCCUUGCAAAUGUAAAUUGAAAAAAUAUAAAAAUGAAAUACAGUAAUAAGAGACACAUUAAUAGAAACAUUUUUUUCCCUGUGAUGAAAACAUGAAGACAGACAUCAAAAAUAAGCUUCCACAAACAGUUUCCAGUUUUAUUUUGUGCUAUGAUUAUUACCAUAGUUUUUAUUUUCAUUGUUAAAAAUACUGAAUAUUAUGAAUUUGUUUUAAAGUGUCACUUAUUCUAACGGGUUAGAACAGGAAAGUAACUUUCCCAACUCAGGAAAACCACUUAUGCAAUGAUUCAUCUAUAAAAAUGUGAUUUUUAUCUCUUUUCAUCCACAGCCUUGUUUUGUGUUCACGUUUCUCAAUUGUACUGGUGUUAUGUGACUUAUACUACUAGUGGUUUACAUUUUGUAACUAUGACAACUUAUAUUUAACCCUCUGGAUAUUUAAAAGGAAAAAAUGCAGAUGUAAAAUUGGCUGAAUAUUGAUAAUAAAUUUAAAAGUUCUGACUUUUACUGGUUUUAAUCUUUUGUGAAAGUGUAGCUUGUUACGGCAUCGUGCAUUUUUUUUAGAGAGGUUAGUAAGCUUAAGCACCCACACUCAGAUUUAAUUAAUAAAACUGUUUGUUAGAUUGUAUGUGCAUUUUGCCACAGAUUUUCUAAUUUUGAAAUUUGUAAAUUGAUUUUGCAAGUGAUAUAGCCACAGAAUUCAUAGAAUAUUGCUGGAAUAAACUUUUUUUGGGUUUUAGUGUAUAGAUUUUUCUUUGUUCUUAUGGAGUCAUAGAGUUGUACAGUAGAGAAGUAGCAUCUACAGACCAUACCUAUCUACGCUAAUUCCACUUGCCUGGAUUUAUUUUUGUAUUC